UUUAAAAAAGGAACUUUGCAGUUCGAGAAUUCAAACUUAACGUACGUCGCCACUUGAAUGUCAUGGGUCAGGUAGGCAUACACAUAAGCAUGUAGUGUUUUCGGGUGGCGGAGAGCGUCGCAUCGGAAACAGUUUUGACUGUUGUAAAAUUAGAGCAAUAAAUUAAAAUAAAUACAUAGAGAUAAACAAAUUGGUCAGCGCAUCCCCCUCGGUCGCUUGACCUUUAUAUUACACUAGAAACCUUCUUACGCUUAAUAUGUGCAGCUGUAAAGAUACACACGGUGAUUGCUUGGUGAACAUUAAGCACCCGGCUAUGAAACGACUCAGCGACGAUAAAGUAGCUCUGUCCAAAGAGAUUAAGGCUUUGCCUUCUCCCAAAAAGCGACUCGCAAGUGCCGUGGGCAGUAAGAAGGAUACAAAUAACCAUCAUGUGGUACCGCUGGGUAUCCUUGUGGUGCUCUGUACUGUGUAUCUCAUGGUAGCCGGGAUGCAGCACAACUACAGGUACUACUUUAAGCCGGGCGUGGCUGCCUACGACCUGCACCAUUCCCAAGCCGGCGAUGCCCAUCCGGAAGCCAUGGCUGAGUUCUAUGACGCCGCUCCAGAUGCAUCUUGCCAGAAGCUGGACGUUUUCAGAAAGGAAUCCGAUAUCAAUACAGCUGCUCAGCCAGUUUCCAGAAGAUCCCAAGGCAAGCCCUCGAGGAGAACCAAAAAUGGCCCUGGGAAUGGGAUCAGCAAGCAAAUUCGUUUGACGAAAUCCCCCGAGGGCCCCAAGAAGAAGGAAGCCAGCAAAAAGAGUAACACCGCGGAGCCCAUUAUCUAUCUUUUUGCCUUGGUUUUCAUCUAUCUGCUGCUGAAGGCCGCCUCCGACAUCAACCAGCACUACAAGUCGCAGAACAAAGGGGACAAACGAAUGCGCCGCUGCUCCCUGCAAUCCUAUGCCCAGAUCCACAAGCAAGAUCGGCGGUCAUCAAAAGUGGAGGAGUCCCCGAUCUUCCGGCGCAAGCAUAUUAUCAGCGAAGAGCGUUCCGUGUCGGUGGAUCGCUACAAGUACACGCUGAACGAAGAGGGAGGCUUUACAAAGUCCGCUCCGAGGGUGCAGGAGUAUCACUUCAGGGUCGUGUCUCCUUUGGCCAGCCGGCCAAGUCACCAGCAUCCGCUUAGGCUUGGAGGAGAAACCCGUUUUGAGCCCCAUCUUAACCGUCGCUGCUCGGUUCCGAUUAGCAUAAACUAUCAGACGGUUCCCGUAUCGAGUCCAUAUCCACCCGAAAUGGCCAGACGAGGCUCGGUGAUAAGCCUCACUGGUCAACCAGAAGUAAGUGGCGUGCCAAGUAUGCCAAGUGGAACUGCCGAUCCAAAGCGGCGCGUCCGCAUGAUAAAUCGCCAUUGAAAUCGAGAUAAAAUCAGGCAAAGGCCACCGGAACUGCUAAGGGACUACCGUAUUUUCAAAUAUCACACUUUGUAGUCCUUCUUAAUGCGUUUCUUUUAAUCAGUUAAUUAUGUUAUAUUAUUCAAGUGUUUUAAAAAACGUACAAAGAAUAUUCUCUUCGAAGACACCGAAUUUACGCCCACCUCCGCCGAAGGCGUAGAGCGAGCCAACGUUUGCCAUUUUGCCAUCCUAUUGUACAUUAUUCUACUUAGGGCAAGAUUAAGAAAAUCUUAGGCUAGCGUAGUGUUUAGUUUGGAAUUCAGUACCUAUGAUAUUACCAUUAUCUACGAAGUAACUACGAACUUGUGAUGCUCAUUACAAUGACAAUUACAUACAGCUAUGUAUCUCGGUUAAAAGACCUGCUAGGCGAAACGGAUGAAAGGGUGCAAGAUCUUAACUACGGUUAACGCGCUACUGGAUCGGGGUGCAGAGAUAUGGUCGGAGUGGUCCCUACGGCUAAUACACGUAUUCUACAAGUCAUCCAUCUUCAUCGAAUUUUGCGCUAGUUUCUCCUAUUGCAUUAAAUAUUAAAAUAAAUUACGUAUUUUAA